AUGGCUGCCAGAGCAAUUUUUCGAAGGAAGAAACUGAUUUCUGAUCACGUCAGUUCUUCUGCAACUCGUUCGCUCCCGAGUUUCAUCGGCAAUGCGUUUCACAGUUCCGAUUCCCGAAGUUUUAGCGUUCCGGAGAGUGAUGGUUUUGAUUCUGAUCUGUUAAUCGGAGCGGGAUAUGGUGAGAAGUUGGUCAGAAAAGAUGAGUUGUUUGGAUUUUAUGGUUUAGGAAAUGUUAGGUGUUAUUUUAGUGGGAGUUUCGGAACUCCGCGUUUUGCGGUCGAGAGGUUUAGGUCGGUAAAUUUUGGUACGGGUGGAAUUUUAUUGAGGAGUGCGUCAACGGUGGCGGCGAAGAAGUUGCCGGAGUAUGGGAGGGAUGCGGAUAAGGUGGAGGAUAAGGAAAUGGUUGGUAAGAAGAGGAAAGAAGCGUCUGCGGAAGAGUGUGAUCAGGCCGUGGAGGGAUUGAGUUCGGCGAAGGCGAAAGUGAAGGCGAAGCAGUUGAAUGAAUCUUUGAAGGUUGAGAAGUCGGUUUUGCAGAGAACUUGGGCUGCUCUUCUUGGUAUUGGUCCGGCUUUACGAGCUGUUGCUUCAAUGAGCAGGGAGGAUUGGGCGAAGAAACUUGUGCAUUGGAAGCAUGAAUUUGUAUCAACAUUGCAGCAUUAUUGGUUAGGGCUUAAGCUAUUGGGCACUGAUGUGAGGAUUAGUUCGAGAUUGUUGUUAAAACUUGCUAGUGGGAAGAGUUUGUCGAGGAGGGAGAGGCAACAGUUGACUAGAACUACUGUGGAUAUUUUUAGAUUAGUUCCGUUUGCUGUUUUUAUAAUUGUUCCGUUCAUGGAGUUUCUGUUACCGGUGUUUCUGAAGUUGUUCCCUAACAUGUUGCCGUCUACAUUUCAAGACAAGAUGAAAGAGCAGGAAGCAUUGAAAAGGAGGUUAAAUGCAAGAAUAGAAUAUGCCAAGUUUCUUCAGGAGACAGUGAAAGAAAUGGCUAAGGAAGUUCAGAACUCAAGGAGUGGAGAAAUUAAGAAAACCGCUGAAGAUCUUGAUGAUUUUUUGAACAAGGUUAGAAGAGGCUCCAUUGUUUCUAAUGAUGAAAUUUUAGGCUUUGCUAAGCUUUUCAAUGAUGAAUUAACUUUGGAUAAUAUCAGCAGACCUCGAUUGGUCAAUAUGUGCAAAUAUAUGGGAAUCAGUCCUUACGGAACAGAUGCAUAUUUGCGUUACAUGCUUCGCAAAAGACUCCAAAGGAUUAAGGAUGAUGAUAAGUUAAUUCAAGCUGAGGGUGUGGAGUCUCUUUCAGAGGAUGAACUUCGGGAAGAUUGUAGGGAGCGAGGCAUGCUUGGAUUGCUCUCAGUUGAAGAAAUGCGGCAACAGCUUCGUGAUUGGUUGGAUCUGUCUCUCAAUCACUCUGUGCCAUCUUCUCUUUUGAUCCUUUCAAGGGCCUUCACGGUAUCUGGAAGAAUGAAACCCGAGGAAGCUGUUCGGGCAACACUAUCUUCCCUACCUGAUGAGGUUGUGGAUACUGUUGGUGUUACUGCUUUACCAUCAGAAGAUUCUGUUUCAGAAAGGAGAAGGAAACUGGAGUACCUUGAGAUGCAGGAAGAAAUGAUCAAGGAGGAAGAAGAGGACGAGGAAGAAGAGCUUGCCAGGAUGAAAGAGUCUAAAGCUAGUGAAGAGGAUGUAGCACUGAAAGAGAUGAGCCUAUCAACAGCAAGAGAAGCACAAGAACUGGCUAGAGAACGAACAUUGGACAAACAAGAGCAUCUCUGUGAACUUAGUCGUGCAUUGGCUGUUUUAGCUUCAGCAUCUUCAGUGAGCAGAGAGCGUGAGGAGUUCUUGGGCCUUGUCAAUAAGGAGAUAGAGCUUUAUAAUAGCAUGGUAGGCAAGGAGGGUAAUGAUGGCGAAAAGGAGGCUACUAAGGCAUAUAGAGCUGCUCGAGUGGAAACUGAUCGUGCUUCUGAAGUGGACAAACGAGAUGUGGUUUCUUCUGCACUAAUAGAAAGGGUUGAUGGCAUGCUCCAAAAUCUCGAGAAGGAAAUUGAUGAUGUGGAUGCCAAAAUUGGUGAUCGUUGGCGAAUACUCGACAGGGAUUAUGAUGGGAAAGUUACCCCUGAGGAGGUGGCAUCUGCUGCCAUAUACUUGAAGGAUACAUUAGGCAAGGAAGGCAUCCAAGAACUCAUCAGCAAUCUUUCCAAAGAUAGAGGUCGGCUAAUCAUCUUCAAUGGAACAGAUGGAAAGAUUCUUGUGGAAGACAUUGUCAAAUUGGGCAGCAGGACGGAAGAUGCCAAUGCAACUGAAGAGAGGGAAAUGUAA